AUGGUGGACUUUGGUGUCAGAACCAUACAAGAAACAGUUAUACAAAAGUCUGACAUCUCAUCCGCUUAUUCAACUACCUACAAAUACAUUAGCGGUCGCAAGUCCAUCCUUCCUUCGGAUAAUUUCGACUGCGAAGGAAGCAUCUCGCCUGCUUUCAUUUCUAAUGCUUUUCACUACUAUCGUAAUGAUGAAGAGGAUAUUGAAGACGACGAUGAAAGUUUUGAAAAUAGUUCAGAAGCUGGCAAGACAAGGACAUUAAAACUUCUGGUAUACAGCGAAACUAUUGCUCGGAUAUUUCUGCCAGCAACUUGCCUAAUGCUUUUUAUUUUGAAAAAGAUUAUGACGAAGACGACUAUGAAGGCAUCAAAGCCCUCCGUCUGGUCAUUCUACACCAUGUAA